AUGUAUAGGCGUUUCUAUCCUGCUGCUCUUGUUCUCCUGUUUAUUGGGCUUGCCGGAGGUACUAUCGUGGACGAUGUCCUUGAUGCUCUCCAGAAAGCUGUUGACUGUGCGUCGUGUCAUGCGCUGCUUCACCCAUUGCAGGCUCUGGCCCAUCUUGGGAAUGACGCAUUCGUCGAUCUCUUGAGCCAAGUUUGUAUCCAGUCCGGGGAAGAAGACCCCGAUGUCUGCACAGGAAUAAGCUCGGCAGUUGGACCCAUAAUUGCCCACGAUGUGCGGCAGAUAUCACCAGACGGGCGUACGGCAACGCGACUCUGCGACGCGGUCUUUGGCUUGUGUGAUCCUCCGCCGGUGAUGGAAUUUCAGGUCCCCCUCCCUCCCGCACCGCACGGUCCGACGAAGCGCUUCCCGACUGGCAAGAAAGUAUUCCAAGUGGCUCACAUCAGCGACGUUCAUAUUGAUCGCGAGUAUACCGUUGGGGCAGAGGCAGAUUGCUCAAAAAACAUAUGUUGCCGCGUAUUCCCUGACUCCCUGCCUCAAGUUACAGAACCUGCCGGGCCCAACGGGAACUCCAAAUGUGACUCCCCAGCCGAUCUGGCGGACUCUAUGCUGGAAGCCAUCAACGAGUUGAAUGACGACGUAAAGUUUGCAAUUUUUACUGGCGACGUCGUCGAAGGCAAGUCACCAAUCAUGUGCCACGCACCGUAUGUUAAUGGCCAUUCACCAGGCGCGACUUGGCUUGUGGACAGGCCUGAAGUCACGGACGAUUUGCAUGAAUUCAACUCCCAAUUAGCGUCAAAACUGAGUAUUCCGGUCUUCCCUGCUAUUGGAAACCAUGAUUCCGCCCCAGUAAACUCAUUCCCUCGCAGCACCACAAAUACGACGAUCGAUUCGCAAUGGGUGUUUGAUACCCAAGGCCCUGACUGGGCUCAAUGGGUUCAUCCCGAGGGCGCCCAGCAAGUUAUACAUACAUCCGGAAGCUACUCCGUGGUUGCUCCCGGAAGCCAUCUCAAGGUGAUUUCGAUCAACACCCAAUACUGCCUUUGGAUCUAUGAUAGCGACGCACCACAACCAGACCCGAACGGCAUCUUGGAGUUCCUUACAGGCGAACUAGCUAGCGCAGAGCGUGCCGGACAAAGGGCUUGGAUAAUCGGGCAUAUUCCGAUCGGGAAGGAGGAUAUUGUUGAGGAUCAGUCCAAUUAUUACGACCAAAUCGUGCAAAGGUUUCACUCCACAAUUGCCGGUCAGUUUUUCGGACAUAGUCAUAAGGAUCAAUUCGAGAUCGCAUACUCCGACUAUAACCAUCCUAGCUCUCUUAACGCCGUCAGCGUGGCAUUGAUUGGCCCCGCACUCACGCCUACCAGUGGAAACCCUGCAUUUAAACUGUACGACGUUGAUCCUGACACCUAUGAGAUCAUGGACGUUCGCGUGUAUUUUAGUUGA